AUGUCGGACGCCGCGAACAACGCUGUCGAUAUCACCAAAGAAACCGAGCAGAAGCUCGAAGAUUUGAAAAUCUCUGGUGAUAAAGCUGAUAACAGCGAAGAGAGAAUUCGCAGAAGACGCCUUCCGAACUCCGAGAGGAUCCGCCUUUGGGAGGAUGAACAAAAGAAUAAGGUUGUCGUCGAAACCGGAAUCAAGGGAACCGUGAAGUGGUAUUCCGUUCUCGGACGGUACGGCUUCAUUGCUCGUGAGGACGGGGGAAAGGAUGUUUUUGUCCACCAAACAGCUAUCGCUAAGUCCAUCACCAACAAAUUCUACCUUCGCACACUUGCUGACAACGAGGAAGUCCUCUUUGACCUUGUCGAAGGAGCCAAGGGCCCGGAAGCUGGCAAUGUUACCGGACCCAAUGGCGAAAAUGUUCAAGGAUCAAGAUUCCGUCAUCUCCUACUUUCUCGUUUCCGCCGCAACCGCAAGUCUCGCAACAACGCCGAUGACAAUGCGAAGAGCGACGAGAAGAACGCUAGUGGAGAAAAACCAGCUGCUCAACCAAAGAAGGCUAAGAAGCAGCACAAGAACCGCCGUAAUGGCAAACCAAACAAGGCUUCCGGAGAUGCUCCUGCUGAACAAAAAUCGGAAAAUUCCGGAGAGAAGCAGGAUGAAGAUCUGGCUGCUGCUGCUCGUCGUAAGAUCAUUGACGAGCCCGAGCACACCAACAUUGAUCGUUGCGGAUCGGCUUUGGGAGAAGCCACUCUCGGAGCUCAAGCCGUUGACGCUCAAAUCUAA